AUGGUCAAGAACGCGGAGAUUCUCUCCCUCCUCGCCCUCAGCGGCGCCGCCAACGCCUUCUGGCGUAUGCCCUGCCGCGGCCGCACUGGUCUCGCCCGUAUCGACCCCAUCGUCGACAACGGUGUCGUCUCCGGCCACGCCCACGCCAUCCAUGGCGGUAGCAGCUUCGGCAUGAGCGUCGGCUACGCUGAGCUGCUCGAGUCGUCUUGCACCUCUUGCCAGGUCACCCAGGACAACUCCGCGUACUGGACGCCCUCGCUUCACUUCAUGUACCCCAAUGGCACUACCGUCGUUGUCCCGCAGGUUGGCGGCAUGCUUGCCUACUACCUUCUCUACGGAGACGAGGUCACGGCGUUCCCCAAGAACUUCCGCAUGCUUGCGGGUGACAUGCGCCAGCGCAACUUCACUCUCCCGGUCCCUGACCCCGAGAAGCCCUGGACUGGUGAGGACGCCACCCAGAGCGCUCUCGCGCAGAAGGCCCUUGGCUUCAACUGCCUUCACUACGACGUCAACCCGCCCGAGGCUACCCUGUACCGCCACUUCCUUCCCGACAAGGCCUUCCUCGACGAGAACUGCUCCUCCGGCCUUCGUCUCGAGGUCAUGUUCCCGUCGUGCUGGAACGGCAAGGACCUCGAUUCGGAUAACCACAAGGACCACAUGGCAUACCCCGACCAGACCAUCACCGGCACCUGCCCCGAGGGUUUCGACACGCGUCUCAUCUCCCUGAUGUACGAGACCAUCUGGGCGACCAACGACUUCAUCGGCGUUGACGGAGAAUUCGUCCUGGCGCACGGUGACCCCACCGGAUACGGGUACCACGGUGAUUUCAUGUCCGGUUGGGACGUCGACUUCCUCCAGAAGGCGGUCGACACGUGCACUUCGGAGACGGGCCUGGUCGAGGACUGCCCGCUCUUCAACCUGCAGGAGGAGGAUGACAUGUUGGACUGCAAGUUCCCCGUCCCCGAAGCUCUCGCGGAUGAGAACUGCGCGGGUCCUUCCGACGGCCUCUGCGGCAACGUCCCCAUCCAGUACGGUCCCGGCUACGCCUCGGUCAAGCCCGCGGUGACUUCGCCGGCCGCCAUCUCGACCACCAGCCACUCGAGCACGCCGCUCGUGCCCACCCUCUCGUACUCGACCGGCCACGAGUCCUUCGCCUCGGACAAGAACGGCGGUGGUGUCACUGUUGCCAAGAUCGCUAGCAAGGCUACCGGCAGUGCGUCCACGAUUGACCUGGCGGCCAUCACGCCCGCCCCGAGCGCCAGCGACGCGGACGGCGAGAUCAUCGGUACGACGACGUACACCAGCAACGGCGCCGUGUACGAGGUUGCGAUCGAGGAGGAGGUUGUCUACGUUACGGAGACCGGCGGCAGCUACGCGACGCCGGUGGCCAAGCACAAGCGCCACUUCCACCACGGCCACCACCAGAACCGCCGCGAGCACGGUCUUCUCGCCUAG